AUGGCGCGUAUCUCCAUUCCCACCACAGCGCGUCUCCCGUCAUCGCUACGCGUCGACCCAAACAACUCAGCGGUAACCAAGAUCCUGAGCCGCCUCACUCGCUCAUCACUCAUCUCAGUCGCUCUCGACUGGCUAGACGAGGCCAACAUAUCACUUGCGGUGCCAUACCUACGCGAUGACGACGAAGAUGAGGAUAAUGAAGACGUCGACGAUUUCUACCCGGCCGCGCGCUCCCCUCGUGCCUUGAUAGAAAACUAUCUUUCACUUCAGGAACGCAAGGGUUCAAAACGCGAGGUUUUGGACCGCAUCGUUGAAGGCGACUGGCGUCAUGGACUCACCCUAUACCAACUCGCCAUGGCCGACCUGCAAUAUCUCUACGACCACCCAACCUCACAGAAAUGGUCCGCUUACCGCAUCAUGCCCCUCCAGGCACCGCAUGACCCAGAUGGCGAAGAGCUACCCGAGGUCGAUCGCCUAUCAUUAACCGUCCCGCGCUUCCACCCGUCGACGUUCCUCAAGACGUUACAAUCCCACGUCUUGCCGGAUGUCAAGGCGCACUACAACUUUGACGCCCAUCGGUCCCUACCAUUGCUCAUCUUACGCAUCUUUAUUCUCGACUCGCCAUACAACACCAACCACGCCUUACAAUCCGGCUCCACGACAAACUUCGACUCCUCCCGCACCGUUUACAUCGCCUUUCCCGAUGCCUCGCCAUAUAUCUUCAUCUCCAAGCCCCAGUCUACCACUUCGACCACCUCCGUAUCCUCCACAUCCGCCACGUCUGCCGUCUCAGCCCGUGGCCCCACCGCCGCUGGUGAAUCCAAAUCCCUAAACGCGCUUUUAGUCGAGGGCAUCCCAAAAUCCCUCUCGCGCCCUCUCUGCCGAGAACGCUUUACCCUGCAAUCCACCGACCUAGUGACCCGGAAUCUAGCUGAACUAGUGGAACGGCGCGGCGGUGGGCGGACCAACUGUGCCGGAGGUGGCUGGAGUAUAUAUGCGGACGAAGGAAGAGGUGGUAGUAGUGGAGAGAGGGGAAAGAAAAGGGGCAGGAAAGAGACGCCUUUGGAUCUGGUGUUGCCUAGCCCGCCAUUAUCGGAGUUGGAUCAGGAUCAAGAGAAUCUUGACCCGGGGAGCGCGGCGGGGAGGAAGGGCGCACCAGCCGCGGCGGUGCUUUUGACGGAAAGUGAGAGAAGGUCGGAAAGGGCAACCAAGAGGGCUAGGCUGGUGGCAAAAGCGAGGUUUGGUGAGACUGGGAUGGUGAGGGAUGGGAAGGGUGUGGAGAGGGUUGAUAUUGUGAUUGAGGAUCCGUUUCCGAAAGUUGGGGGGCAAGAGGUUGGGGGGGAAGAAGAUGAGGGUGGUGAAGAGAUGGCUCAAAGGGAUUCAGCAAGAAGCGAUCCCAAGGGGGGGAAACGCAAAUCCCGCUUCGACCAGAUUCUAGAAAAUGCUGGGGAGAAUGAAGACGACGAGGAGGACGACAAUAACACCGCCUCUGCACCCACCUGGAGGCCACACGUCAAGCUUACAUUCCACGGGUCACACGUCUUUGCAGGAAUCAGACAACUGGUGGAGAGCGGAGUCAUCGACGGGGAGCGUAUGCCGGGGUGGAUGACAGGAGAGGAAGGGGUGACGAUUGGGGCCGUGCGGCAUGGGAGGAUACGAGGGUAUAAGGGAUCAGGGGUAUAA